CAUGGACACUACCUUCUUCGGCGAGGGAGGUGGACAACACCACCCAGCGGAACCCCAAGGAGGAGACGCCCAGCCAGGGCCUCUCCUGACGCCGGACGAGUUCCGCGAGCACCUUCCUCCGGGGAUGCGGCGAGCCUUCGACCGCUUCCCGGACUUCCUGAAGA